GUUUUUCCUAAUCCCGAACUAUUAAAUAAUCUAAAGCAAACUAAUAGACUUUCUAUAACCAAAUAUACUAUACCAGAUUUCGGAUCUAACUAUAAAGUUAGUAUUCCUAUAUCUAAUAUACUUUAUAAAUAUAGCCAAAAUAAAGUAUUUCCUAAAUAA